UAAGUCACUGGUUCUUGUUCCCCCUCUCUUUGGCAGCGUUGGUCUUCCACACACAGAGGGCGUGGUUUACGGUCUGCUGACUCUCUGGGUGUUGGGAAACAAGACCAGUAACUCCAGCAGGGAAUCAACUCCAACAGGGACAUUAACCCACCAACAGGUUCUCUGGUCCUGUGGUUCUCUGGUUCUACAGGCGAUGGCGUGACCCUGGAUCUCUGAUGGAUGACCAUGUGGAGGACCUGUGGUGUGUUGCUGUGUGGGUUUUCCAGGCCUGGAUGUUCGUGGUGCUGUUCCUCAUCAUGUUGCCCGCCAUGUUCGGGCUCUCUCUGGGGGUCACCGGGGUCUACAUCCAGGUCCUGGUCCACAUCCUGGAGUGGGCGACGCUGCGAAUCCAGAGAGGCCGGCAGCACGAGCCCAGCGUCCCCGUCCCCCUGCCCAACGGAAUCAUUGAGCGUGGGGGGGGCUCCAUGGAGGAGGAAGUGGGGCGCCUGCGGGGGCCCGGCCCCCCGACGGGCGGUCACUUCUCCCUCAGCGACGCCCUGUUCUUCUACCAGACGGGCCUGGAGAGCAUUGUGGACGACACGGUGACUCAGCGGUUCUCCUCCGAGGAGCUGAACUCCUGGAACCUGCUGACCAGAACCAACCAGAACUUCAGAUACAUCAGCCUGCGCCUCACCCUGUUCUGGGGGGUGGGGGUCUGCGUCCGCUACGGCCUGCUGCUGCCUUUCAGGAUCACUCUGGCUGUGAUUGGUCUCUCGUGGCUCGUCAUAGGAACGGUUCUGGUGGGUCUGCUGCCUGAGAGCAGUGUGAAGAACUGGCUGAGUGAGCUCGUCCAUCUGACCUGUUACAGGAUCUGUGCCAGAGGACUGUCUGCCACCAUCCAGUACCACAGCAAAGAGAACCGGCCUCAGAAGGGGGGGAUCUGCGUGGCAAACCACACCACCCCCAUCGACGUGGUGAUCCUGGCCAACGACGGAUGCUACGCCAUGGUGGGUCAGGUCCACGGGGGUCUGAUGGGGGUCCUGCAGAGGUCCAUGUCCAGGUCCUGUCCUCACGUCUGGUUCGAGAGGUCCGAGAUGAGAGACCGCCACACCGUGACUAACAGGCUGAGAGCUCAUGUCGCAGCGAGGACUAAACUCCCCAUCCUCAUAUUUCCUGAAGGAACGUGCGUGAACAACACGUCGGUGAUGAUGUUUAAGAAAGGAAGCUUUGAGAUCGGAGGAACCAUUUACCCUGUCGCCAUCAAGUAUGACGCUCGCUUUGGAGACGCCUUCUGGAACAGCGCCAAAUACAACAUGGUGAGCUACUUGCUGAGGAUGAUGACCAGCUGGGCCAUCGUGGUCAACGUGUGGUACCUCCCCCCCAUGGAGAUACAGGACGGAGAGGACGCGGCUGAGUUUGCUAACAGAGUGAAGUCUGCCAUCGCUGAUCAGGGAGGACUGCUGGACCUGGCCUGGGACGGGGGGCUGAAGAGAGGGAAGGUGAAGGACUCGUUCAGAGAGGAGCAGCAGAAGCAGUACAGCAGCAUCAUCACAGCCACGGACCAAUGAGCCGACCGGAAACAGAAAAUGAAUCCCUGGGAAGAGAGCCUUAAAACGUUUAGUACAAUGCUUCCUCCAACAGUUACAAAUGAUGGUGUGACCGGUAAAGAUCUCCCAGAUGUGGGUAUUUUAAACAUGAUUUGGAUGAAAGCAUUCCUUCAGUGCGAUAUAUUCUCAGUGUCCCGAAACGCUCCCAGAGGAACAGAGAGGAAGCUGGACCAAAGUAAAAUGAGAAGCAGGAUAUAGAUCAGUAGUUUUAGCGGUGAUUAUGUGCAGAAUUAUAGAGCAGAUUCCUCCCUCUGACCGUCCUCCUGAUCAUCUGAUUUAUCUUCUGCUAGUUGUGUGUCAAAUGUAGUUGGUCUUAUUUUAUUUUACCAGAAAUAUUUCCAAAAUGUAGUUUCAACAAUGAUUUUACAGUUUUUCUCUAUUGCUUAAACACAUUUUGUGAUACUGCCCUCACUUUUCACAAAACUCUAAACACAAAACACUUUUCUAAAGCUACGUACACACAACCUCACAGUCUCUUUUCAAAACCAACCCAUCACACCAAAACAGUUGCUCAUAUGCUCAAAACCAACCCAUCACACCAAAACAGUUGCUCAUAUGCUCAAAACCAACCCAUCACACCUAAACAGUGGCUCAUAUGCUCAAAAGCAAACUUUGACACCACAAUACCACUCAAGGCCUGCAAAAAUGUAAACACUACUGAGCAUCAUUAACCACGUUACCCAAAAAAUUGAAAACACCAUUUUCAGUGUGAGACUUCUUUUUUUACAGUUUCACAACUGCCAGGAUGCAUUUGAGCAACCCUUAUUUAUUCUCAAAUAUGUAUUGGGCAUUUACUAUAGAUUUGUGCAUUUCAUAGGAAUAAUGAAUAAUACAUAAAAUGCAGUAAUAUCACAACGUAAUGCAGAAAAUGAGUACUGUAAACUCCAUGGAGGAUCCAUUACACACAAUAGAUAAAGUACAGUAACAAUUGAAAACACAA